UUAGUCUUUCUUUCUAUCUGUAGGCUUUUGGAGUUUCGUAGCCGUUCGGCGUGCAUUGGUAGAGCGCCGGUAAAGUUUUUCGGUUAAAAUAUAAAAAUGAGUGUUUCACCUGAAAUAAAGGCCGAGGCCUUUUCAUUAGUCCAUCAAUUCCUUGUAACUAUCGAUAAAUCGCUUGCUGACAAAUUUGCAACCAAGACUAAAGCGAAACCACGAGCCAAGAACCUACCUUCCCUUACAGAUAUUAUUUUAUCUCUCAAAAAGGGACAGAGUAAACCAACGCAAAAGAAACAAGCAGACAGUUCUGAUGAUUCCAGUGAAGAAGAGAAACCUAAAAAGCCUACAUCUUUAAAUAAUUCAAACGGUCCUGUCCAAACAAAGAAGCAGGAGUCUUCAGAUAGUUCUGAAGACGAAAAACCACCUGCAAAGGUUAAUUCAAUAGCAAAUCAAAAACAAGUUAAAAAGAAAGACGAGUCAUCAGAUAGUGAAAGUAGUGAAGAUAAUGCUACUUCAAAACCCAAAAAGCAGCCUGUCAAACCACAAGUUGUUAAUGCUGCCAAAACCGUUAAGAAAAAUGAAUCUUCAGACAGUUCAGACAGUAGUGAGGAUGAAAAGUCAAAAGCACCAAAGACAGUUACAAAACCGGCUGCACCUGCAACAAAAGCCACACCUCAAAAACCUGUAACUAAAAAGCCAGAAACCAGUGACAGUGAAGAUAGUAGUGAUGAUGAUAAAACUAAAAAAACAGUUCAAAAACCUGUAGUGGCAGCAAAGACUCCUAAUAAAGCUACCCCUGUUAAGAAGCAACAAUCAUCCUCUGAUGACAGUGAUAGCAGUGAUGAUGAAAAAACUAAGGUAAAUUCCACUAAACCUACACCAGUCAAAGUCAACCAAACUAAACCUCCAGUAACUAAACCAAUACAGCAGGCCAAAAGACAGGACUUGUCUUCUGAUAGUGACGACAGUAGUGACGAUGAACCAAAGAAAGUCACAAAACCAGCUGCCAAACAACCAGUUGCACCUGCUAAAGCCAAACCUAAAGGCAAGGCUGAAUCUUCAGAUGACAGUGAUGAUUCAGAAGAUGAAAAGCCAAAAACUCUUCAAAAACCGGCUACAAAAGCUGCAGUUACACCUGCAAAGGUUGCUGUUAAGGUUCCUAUUGUUAAAAAGCAAGAAUCAUCAUCCGAUGAAGACAGUAGUGAUGAUGACAAGCCUAAGUCAGUAGGUAUCCAUAAACCUCCAACACCUGCUGCUAAACCAUUGAAUAAUAUUAACAAGAAACCUGAAUCAUCAUCAUCAGAUGACAGUGAUGAUAGCAAGAGUGCCAAAAAAACAGCACCAUCUAAAGUCACUAAACCAGCUGUAAAAGCAACACCCACAUCUAAAAAGGAAUCAUCUUCUGAUGAAGACAGUGAUGAUGAACCACCAAAGCAAACAAAAAAUACACCUAAAUCUCAACCAGCAGCUAAAGCUGCUAUAAAGAAAAAGUCAUCGUCAGAAGAUAGUGAUGAUAGCAGCGAAGACGAAAAACCUAAAGUAACUGCAAAACCUACAAAACCCGUAGCCAACAAUACUAAAAAUACAAAGAAAUCCUCAUCUGAAGAUAGUGAAGAUAGCAGUGAUGAUGAAGCUAAACCUGUUAAUAAGACCCCAUCAAAAAUCACUAAGUCUCAACCAACAACUCCUAAGGGUAAAGCUAAAGAGUCAUCAGAUGACAGCAGUGAUGAUGAACCUAAACAAAAAGUCAAGAAACCCGCCGCGGAGGAUGACAGUGAUGACAGUGAUGAUGAACCUCCAGCUAAAGUACAAAAAAAGGAAUCAAAACAGCAAAACGAAACUGGUAAGAAAAGAAAAUUCUCUGGAGGUGAGGACCCAACUCCAGCCAAAAAGCCAUACAGCAAUUUUGUAAAGGGAACAAAUGUGUCCUCCACACCCAGUGACAAAGAUAAUAAAACAAAUAAUAAACCCUUCAGGAGAGUCUUAUCAGAAAAUGUUGAAGUGGAUCCUAGACUUAAGGACAAUUCAUUCGAAGCUAAGAAAGGAGCUCGAGGAUCGUGGGGUGAGCGAGCCAAUGAAGAUUUGAAACGCACGCGCGGCAAAUCUUUCAAACAUGAGAAAACUAAGAAAAAGCGAGGCGCAUACCGUGGCGGUGCCAUCGACACGAGCGUCCAUUCCAUCAAAUUUGAAGAUUGAUGUUAACUGACUCUAGUUUUUUUUUCUAUUAUUUAAAAAUAUUCCAUAUGACCAAACAAGUGAAACUUAAAAUACUUAUCCCAUGUGAUCAAAGAUGAAAUAACGAUAGUCAAUUCGUUAAAACGUUACGGUCAUGUUUAUGCAGUAAGAAUUUCAUAGCUAGUGCUAAUAGUGUUUAAUGUUCGUAAGUCAUUAAUUGGUAGGGAAUAUUUUGACUAUUAUUUUAAUUGUAGUUAAUCUUUCUAUGUCUAUUUAAGUGUUAAAUCUAUUGCGACUUUUUUCAAUCAUAACUGACAUUAUCAUACAGUUGAAGUAUUAAACUUUUGUCUAUGGUAUGGGUGAAAUGCCUUACUAAUUCUUAUAUAGCGCUAUACAAUACUGUAUACAAUUAUAACAUUCUUAAUAAAUUCAGCAUUCUAUUAAUUUUAAUAAAAUAGUUUCGGUUUUAAUAGGCAAUGUUGACAUUUACAAGCAAAGUGUAAAUAAGUUUAAAAUAAAAUGCAGUUAUUGCAAAAAUAAACUACGUUAUUUUGUACAUAAGCUUAAUGUUACUAUAAGUAAGUAAAAAUAUAGGUAUUUGUUUAUUUUAUAUAAGUGAAUGAUAUUUUAGUUGAAGUAAGACCGCCUUUAAAAUACGACAGAAUGUGUUUUAAAAUAAAUUGAUUUGUCUAU